AAAUAUUCUCCGGCGUAAGUAAAAAGGGGCCACAGGGGAGACUUGCCUCCCCUAUAAAAUGGCAACUAAAGCCUCUCAAAUUCAACAUUCGACAUCCACUAACCGACCGGAUAGCAUUAUGAGUUCGAUUACUCUCCUUGGCAGACCGUGGCGCCGGGUUUGGCUCGGUGGAUGGUUCUUGGGGAGAUUGCUGAACAUCUCCAAGAACCGAACGGCUGCCUCCACCCCCCGCCCGGGCCCGCUGCUCUUGGCGCGGUCCUCAGCGACUGCUUAUGCUGCCUUGCGGUCCGAUCCAUCUCCCACAGCUGAGGAAUCUCAGGACCACUCCAUUCAGAUCACCGGAGAUGACGACGAUGAUGAUCAAGAGGGCCGUCUCGUUCGCUCACCUGCUCCGAGCUCGGGCGCGACGGAGCACCCCCAGAACUCCCAUACCACUGCUGCUUCUGCUGUCCGCGAAGCUCCUGCCGAGCAUGAUCUCACGGCUCCAUUGCUUGAUCAGCUUUCGGAUGAGCAAGCAAACUGCAUGGAAGAGUCUCACGUCCUCCCCAUUUGUGAUGAGGGGGAGGGGGAGGGGGAGGGGGAGGGGGAGGAGGAGAAUACGAGCUCGAGCGAGGUCGCUGGUAAUGCAGCCGUUGGAUCAUUUCAAGAUGAACACCGGCUCGAUCGUGAUCAUAUCCGUCUGAUGUUGAAAAGGAAGAGCUCAAGCUUUCUGCGGAGAGUCGGUGGGGUCAGAAAGGUCGCCUUGGUGCUUGGUACUGAUCUGGAGAUGGGGAUCAACCCUGCCGAUGAUCAAGGCUUGCGGCCUAACCCGACUCCUCCAACUCCGGCUCCUAAGAAGUGUUAUCUCCACUUUCUUUUGGAGGAGGCUUGCAAAAGCAGCAUCGUCAUGCUUCUCCUGGCUGCUGCGAUCCUGUCCUUUCUCAUCGGUUUCAAGGCGCAAGGAUUUAAGAAUGGAUGGCAUGAUGGGACUGCCAUAGUUGCGGCGAUUUUCCUUCUCAUUACGGUUCGCUCAGCUGCCAAUCUAUAUCAAGCGAAAAGGCUCGAGAAGGAGCUGCAAAAGAGGACCCACUUGUGGGUGAAGGUGAGGAGAAAUGGAGAGGAUCGAUUCGUGGAGAUUUACAGAGUCGUGGAGGGCGAUGUGGUGAAAUUGAAGAAAGGCAGCAUCGUCCCUGCAGAUGGUGUGUUUGUAGACGGCAGUGAUUUGGUGUUGGAAGAGGUUCCGAACCCAAAAAUCGACCGGGAUCACAAUCCGUUCCUCUUCUCGGGCUCCCGAGUAAUGUCUGGAACUGGAACUAUGCUCGCGGUUUCCACCGUCGAUAGUAAUUCGCAGUUGGUUAAAGAACAUAGCCGACUCGACCUGAAUGACCCUUCCCUUUUAGAAGAACGCGUGAACAGGCCUAGCAGAGACAUGGACAUUCUCGUUCUUGUUCUCUCGAUUCUCAUUCUGGUGCUGGCUCUAGUGCGGGUCUGGCAUCAGAAGCCUGACGUUAGUGGUGAAAAACCUGAACUGAAGGGGGAAGUCCCAGUGAAUCAGGUGAUGAGCUUGCUCGAGAAGAUUCUGCAGUUCCAGCAAAAAAUGAUUCGGGUUCUGACCUCCUUUCUUACAGCCAUGGUGAUCGUGCUGCAACACGGAGUUCCCUUCACCAGCGGUCUAACCCUCAAAUGCUGGAACUUAAAGGCUGUGUCUGUCAAGAUUCAAAACUGGUGGGCUUGUGCGACCAUGGGCAUCGUCACGAUCCUUUAUGUGGACUUGAAUUGUGGGAUGGAUCAAAUGGAAGUGGCCGAGGUUUUGAUCGGUGAGAGGAAUAUAGCUUGUCCUGAGAAAGAUUCCAAAACUCCGGACUUGGUUUUAGAAUCUCUGCACCGGGCAAUCGAAGUCUCAGCUCGUGUGCCAGAUAUUUCAGCCAGUCCAAGGAGCAGAAUGCUUAGUGAUUGGGCAAACUCAAAGUGGGACCUAAACGAUAAGUUCGGGAACAACCAAUAUGCAAUUCUUGAUUCGAGGAAGCUGAAGUCUGGUAAGAAAGGGCUCGGGGUAUCGAUGAGGAAAGAAGGAUCUGCAGAUGAAGAGAGAAUCCUGUAUUUGCACUGGAAAGGAGCCGCUUCAUCGAUUAUAGAUAUGUGCUCACACUAUAUCAAUCAGGCAGGGAUGGGAUGCUCCCUGGACGGACGGAGGGAAAUGCUCGGUUGCGUGAUAAAGGAUAUGGAGGAGAGGGGUCUCAUAACCAUUGCUUUUGCUAGCCGGGAGAUGGACACAGAGGAAAUCAGGGAGGACGGGUUGAACUUGCUGGCUAUAGUUGGCCUGAAGUUUAUAUGCUCCAAUAGGACUAAAUCAGCAGUGAGAUAUUUCAGAAGAGAGGGAAUUCGGGUCAUGCUGGUCUCAGAGGAUGAACCCUCAGCCCUAAGAUCCAUAGUUUAUGAACUUGAACUCAGAGGAGUUCAACAGCCGAACGAGGAGGAAGACAUGCAGGAGAUAACAAUGAGGGAAGUUCUUAAACCUGAAGAAAACCACAGCAUUGUGAGCAGCUUCAAAAAGGCGGGCGAAGUUGUUGCUGUCUAUGGAGGAGGAUCAACACCCGACAUUGUCACCCUGAAAGAAGCUGAUCUCGGGAUCACGGAUAGUGACAAGAGCACCCAGAUGGCUAAGGACGGAGCUGAUAUGGUCCUCAGCAGAGGCAUAACCUCUCUGGCCCAGCCCUUGGAGCUCGGGAGGUGUGCCUACCGCAACAUUCAAGUCUUCUAUUGCCUGCAGCUCUCGACCUGGAUCUCUUGGUUUGUUCUCACCCUGGUAGUGACUGUCGGCUCUGGGGACUCCCCGAGGACGCCACUCCAACAGAUAUGGGUAUAUGCUGUCAUGUGCUUCUUGGGAGGUCUGAUGAUGAGGAUCGAGUGGAGUCCUCCGAGCUUAAUUGCCCAGAAACCUGCUCCUAGGACCGUGGCUCUUAUAAACCAAUCCAUGUGGGUCGAGAUCGCUGGCCAGGUCUCAUGCCAGUUGCUCGUGUUUUCCCUGUUCCAGUUCAAGGGACAAGACAUUACCGGAGUGAGCAAUGGCACACAGAGGGCCAUGACGUUCGCUAGUUUAACCCUGUGUCAGGUACUGAAUCUGAUCAAGGCCACCAAGACUGGAACAAUCAAAGAGCUCGCAGGGGUCCUCCGCCAGCACUACUGGUUCGUGGUGAUCUUGGGGGUUAUUGUAGCAGCCCAGGUGGUGCUGGUUCAGUUUGCGUGGAGUUUAACUGAUGGUCUCCCGCUGAGCGGGACCCAGUGGAUGCUGAGCUGUGGGAUCGCCGUGCUCCCGUUGGUUCUGCACUCGACCGGGGAAUUCCUGUUCUCGGUGAUGUCCAUUGAUUUUCUUCCCAGGUUAUCCGGACUGAGCUUCUGGUCCUUCUGGAUGCCCAUCUUCAUCUUUUCCUCAAUCCUCCUUGUCUCCGCUACGCAAAUCAUUCAACCUGAAUUCAGUCACUAGCAGUGCGGUCCAUUCCCUAGAUCACGUCCGGGCACGAACCUUAUGUGUAUUAAUUUCAUCCCAUUCCAUUUCUACCGUUGUUGCUCUUUUCCUGGCAAUGUGGCUUGCCUUAAUUCCAAUCAAAUAUUGAAAAAAAUAUAAAUAAGUGUUAUGGGCUCCACUUGCAUAAUAUGUUUUUUUCUCUUAAUAAAAUUCGGUAAAAUAUUUCGUCCUUUUUUCUA